AUGGCGAACCCGUCAGAUCAGAGCAGCGAGAAGGCUGUUCGUGCUGCGUUGACCGCUCAGUCUUUACUUCAGAAAUAUGACCGCAAAGAACUGCUCAGCCUGAGCCUGGCCUCCUGUAGCUGGCUGCAGUGCUCAGUGCUCAGUGCUGACGAGCAGAGCCUGCCUAUGGAUGCACCUCCUGGCAUCAUCAGACAAAUGAGGAACAUUUUAGCUCCCAACAUAAUUUUUCUGGCUCCCUUUGACUCAAGUUUGCCCCUGGAUCACGGAAUAGUCCACCGGAUUGUGAGGGAGCUGACUGUGGGAAUAUAUGGUUUUAACCAAUUUCCCGUUAUCAGUCUGGUGCCCAACUAUGACCAGAGCUCGUGCCAGUUACCACCAGCAUAUUACGAUACAACAGUCGGUCAGAUACUAAUAAACAUAGAUUAUACCAUGAAGGCUCUCUGGCACGGGAGUUACAUUCCUAGGUCCAUCAUGGCCGUGGAUUCAGAUGUUGUUCCUCAAACAAAGAAAGAUACGCUAACAGAGUUCUUCAAUGCAGGUUUAACAGACAUUUCAGAUGAUCCAUGUUAUCGGGACAUUUAUAAGGAGAGCAUGGAUGUAGACCCAACCUAUGAACCCAACAGCUCUGAGGAGGAGAACCUCUUCUCACAAUACUCAGAAAACAUCCUGAUCAAGCUGAGUGCCUACCUGACCUCUGUCCGCCAGCACCAAAAUCUGUUUGUGUUUGAGGCAUCUCAUAGCCUAUCUAAUGUGGUCCGACUCACUUGAGGACAACAGAAAAGGCUGUCAGACCACAUUAUUCUGGUGAGAAAGCACCUUGAAGGGAAUGCAGAAGUCUACUGCAUAUCUGCUAUUGAUGUCAUCAAGAGGAGGAGUCCCCACAUCAAAUUCAAUCCCUCAGUGAAGAUACUGGCCAUUCUGGCGGGACACAGUGAGCAUCACCAAAACCUUAUUGCUCAGUUGGGUGGGGUGGCAUUGGUUGUGAAGCUCCUGACCUCUGACCUCCAAGAUGUGCUAGUAAAUGCUGUCAGAUGCAUCCGUACACUAUACGUCAAAAGCCCAUGCAACCAAACUGCUGUUGCACAUGCUGGAGGAGUUCCACAUCUCGUCGAAUUCCUGUCUGUAAACUCUGAAGUACUGCAGGAAGAGGCCUGCUUGGCUCUUGCAGAGCUGGCUUGGGGUCACCGGGAGAACCAGAGGCUCAUAUGUGAGGCAGGAGCUGUCGGUGCCCUGGUGCAAGCCCUGCAAGAGAGGAAAAUUCCUGUUAAGGUCAUGCUUGAAUCUAUAGCCAGUCACAAUCCUGCCAUCCAACAGUGCUUCCUCAGGCAAUCGACUGCCAAGUAUUUGCCAAGUUUUACAACUUUUAAAAGUAAUGUAACGGCAGCUUUAACACAGUGUUUCCAGCUGGAAGUGCGGGAACAGGGUGCAACAGCUCUAUGGGCUCUGGCAGGACAAACUCUGAAGCAACAGAAACUCAUGGCAGAACAGAUGGGCUACCUGGUCAUCCUUGACCUUCUUUUGUCCUCUUCAGACAAAAUGCAAUAUGUGGGAGUGGCACUUAAUACUAAUAAAAAGACUCAAAAGUUUAUUUGCAGAGAAAAGGCCAUUCCUACAUUAUUAGAUCUUUUAAAAUCCCAUGAAUCUCUGGAGGUCAAGGUGCAAGUGGCUCAGACUCUCGCCUGUGUGCUGCUGGGGAACCAAAAACUCCAGAGGGAAUUCUGGGAACAAGAGGACUUCUCUUAUGAUAUCAUUCUGGAGCUCAUGGGGGCUGAAAACAAAAGUAUUUGUCUGGAUGCUGGACAUGCAUUAUCUCUGUUUGUUUACAACAACAAAGUGCAACAUAAGGCAAUUCGACAAACAGGAAGAAUUCUAAUGAACACAUACGAGACUUUUUUGAGUUCUGACAAUGAGACAGAAAGUGCAAAAGCUGCAUUUCAGUUUGGAGAUAAAUGGCGGCCCUCCUGUGCCUCAUCGUGA